AUGUCGGACAGAGGGAUCCCUUCGCCGCCUCGUUGCCCGCACAUUGGCCAAGGCCUGGGGAGCCACGCUCGACCAAGCUACACGUCCUUUCCAAUAGCACUUCAGUCGCGGGCGGGGAUAGAUGCUGUGGUCGCCGCGGUCCGGGCUGCACUGGACGGGCGACCUGAUGCCGUGGUAGUGUCGGCCAGCACAACGCCCUCGCCAGAGCCGCAAGCGGUUUGCACCCGUCCGACAACCUUCUGGCCUUCUUGGACGACCGUCGUCACGGUGGCUACGCGCGCGCGGCCCGCACUGGACCAGGUGGUGGGGACCGUGGAAGCGGAUUGCCCGGAUUGCGGGAUCGCCUCCAACCUCGGGCCCUGCACCAGCCCAGAACAACUAGGCGCGGACGUGUGGCGGGGAAACCGGCCCACGCAUGUGCGUGGCAUGGUCGUGUUGGGGUCUCCCGUCGGCCAUCCCGACUUCGUGCAAGCGUGGGCUGUCGCGAAAAUGGCCGAGGAACGGGAGUUCCUGCAACACCUGCCCCAGCUCUCCAUUUGCAGUGUGCAUGGCUGCUGCUCGCCUUAUGCGCCUCCCCGCGCGAACCACGCCUUGGGCUGCCUACGCCGCAGCGCACGACCAAGCCGUGUGGGGCACUCUCCGAAUGCCUGGAAGGUGAUGGGGGCGAGGACGCGGACGAGCAGUUCGCAUGCGAAUUAG